AUGGCGUUAGCGAAUAACUUAACGGCGAUACUGAACUUACUAGCGUUACUCUGUUCGAUACCAAUAACGGCGUCAGGGAUAUGGCUUGCUUCAAAACCAGACAACGAGUGUGUUAAUCUCCUCCGUUGGCCCGUCGUUGUCCUCGGCGUUCUCAUCCUCGUUGUCUCCGCCUGCGGUUUCAUCGGCGCUUACCAGUACAAGGAGACAUUACUGGCUGUAUAUUUAUGUUGUAUGGCGAUACUGAUCGGACUUUUACUGGUGGUUCUGAUAUUUGCUUUCGUCGUAACUCGACCGGACGGAUCGUAUCCGAUACCGGGUCGAGGUUACAAAGAGUAUAGACUCGAAGGUUUCUCGAGUUGGUUAAGAGAAAACGUUGUUGAUUCGAAGAAUUGGGGGAAGAUAAGAGCUUGUUUAGCUGAUACAAACGUUUGUCCUAAACUCACUCAACAAUUCAUCACUGCUGAUCAGUUCUUCUCUUCUUCUUCCAUCACUCCUCUCCAGGCAUGUGGGCAUUUGCACAUACUCUCCACAAAGUAA